AAGAGGUUAAUAGCUCCUUCCUAAAUCCAGCAGCCACCAUUGCCGUUGAGAUAGAGAGCCCUAAACCGUGCUAAUCUGGUAAACUACCAUUGACACUCACGUGCCAAUAACACCUCUCUCUUACCAGAAACAGAAACCAGAUAUAUAUACAUACAUUUACAGAAACUGCUCUUCCUCCUAUCGGGGAAGAAUAAAAAAAAUAAAAAAAUAAAAAUAAAAAAAAAAACAAAAACCCUAAACGAGCCAAAAAAAGAAUAAAAUUCCCUUUCUUCCUAGCUGAAAACCCUAUAUAUUCCUCUGGGGUUUUGUAUUCUCCAUCUCUUAUUUCUGCGGCGUUGUUCAAACGGUAGCUACAUUGUUUCCUCAGGUCAGCUUGCUCGCACCUCGUCUAUUCUGCCUGGUACCUGCUACCUCCCACCAGCACAGGUACCGGGUAACUCUAUCCACCAAGUUGAGUUCUGAGAAGGCCUAUAAACAGUUUUUCUCGGAUUGGGCAGCUCAUGUCGGGAGGUCCUAUGGCGAUCGUCAAACCAGAGAUGAAGUCAUACAUCUGGCUCCAAACAGCUGAUGGUUCAAUCCAACAAGUGGAGCAAGAGGUUGCCAUGUAUUGCCCUGUGAUAUGCAGGGAAGUAGCUCAAAACAGCACGGGAUCCUCGAAAAAUAAUGCAGUUGUACUUCCUGAACGAGUCAAUGCUGCUGUCUUAGGGUUAAUACUGGAUUUUUGUCGGUUCCAUCAAGUUACUGGCCGUUCUAAUAAGGAGCGCAAGAUUUUUGAUGAGAAGUACAUCCGGUUAGAUACCCAGAAGUUAUGUGAAUUGGCUUCUGCUGCUGACAGCCUUCAACUAAAGCCUGUGGUUGACCUUACAAGCCGUGCACUUGCUAGGGUGAUUGAAGGCAAAACUCCCGAAGAAAUACGUGAAACUUUCCAUUUGCCUGAUGAUCUAACAGAGGAGGAGAAGUUGGAGCCUUUGAGAAAUAUGACGGAUGAUCCACGUAUCCGCCUUCUAAAUCGACUCUAUGCAAAAAAAAGAAAAGAAUUGAAUGAGAGAAAGAAACUAAAGAAUGUUGAGGUGGAAGAACAGCAACGUGUAGAUGAAAGAUCCGUUGAUGAUCUUUUGUCAUUCAUAAAUGGUGGAGAUGGAGACUCAAAGGGAGUGAGAGAAACAAAAAAUAAAAAGAAAACUCGAGGGAGAAAAGAACAAGCUAGAAACAAUUCUCCAAAUAAUGAAGCUGGAAACUGUAAUAAGGAAUCUAGUUGCCUUGCAUCUGGCUGCCUAAAUGGUGAUAUCAGCGACGUGUCUUCUCCGAGUAGAAAUUCAAAGCUGCAAAACUCGGCAUCUGCAACGUUUCCAUCUAAACUCGACUUUGAUGACUUUGAUAUGGAUGAUGAGUUAGAUCCAGUAAUGCAGGAAAAAAUUGACAGGGAGGUUGAGGAUUUUGCUCGGCGACUAAACUGUGACUGGCCGGAGAUUUUGUCUUUGGCUCCAGAGAGGAGGCUUGGACCAAUUUCCAUGAAUGGAAAUGGUUCCUUGAAGAGAUGUACAGCAGGUGUGGACCGAGGAUAAUGGUUGAAAUGGUGGAUAAUGCGUCUUUUAGAUUCAGCUUGAGCUUAACAUGCUAGCGUGUCUGUCUCCGCUGUUUGCAACGAUGGCUGGUAAUGUUUUGUUGUUCAUUGCAUGUAAAGUUCUACCGUCUUGUCAAGCUGCCAAAAGUGAGUUCUUGUCGCUGUUUAAGCCGAGUGCUCAAAGUGUAGGGAAAUAUCAAAAUAGAAGGAAAGUUUUCGUUGUUUGUGGUUUAUGGUAACUUGCAUUGCAUUUGCCAUGCAUUUCCAGACACUGAGAUACAGUUUCCAAUUUUGCAAUAGAUUCCAAAUUUCUUUAAACCUGGUUUUCUAUCUUC